AGUAGUUUUUUGUUAAGAGUUUUUCUUGAGGUUUCGAGAGUAACAUGGUCUCGGAAAAAUCUCAAUUUUAGCGAAAUUAGUGGUAAUUCUAAAUAUAUUUUGUGCUGUGAACGUGAAAGAAGUGUUCUUUUCCAUUUGCCAUGCAGUUUUGUGUCAAGGGAUACAGUGGAAAUUGAGAAAAUUGGACAAGAAGUGAGGUGUACAAUUUUUCUUUCCUGGACCAAUAGGACACUAUAAAAGUGAUAACGGGAACCUAGAUUGCACAAAAGAGCUUCUGGAUAUUCUGUACAAAGCACAAGAGCAGUUGGUAUUUUGAAAACUGCGGAAAAAUGGGAGAUUUUGACGACAAUGCGACAGACUUGGAUGAACUCCCUACCACCAGGGAGAUCAUCAACAAAGCAGGCAGCGAGAAAUUUAAAGAUUUUAAGGGAAUUUUUGCAAAUUCCCAACAAAAUCAUCACAUUUUCUCAGAAUCUUCAUUCAGUUCAUCGCCAAUGUCUAUGCUAAGCCAUGAUCUCUUCCUAGCCAAGCUCCUAACUCCCAUCCCAGACUCACCAGGAGAACACCCGAGGAUCACUGGAGAUCACUCACCAACGGUGGACAGUGGAUUUUCCAACACCUACCAAUCUGAGGAAAAAUCUACCAGUCUCAUCAACAAUUCCUUCACGCUGAAUUCUGGCUCGAGAUCUGCCUCGGGACGUCGUGGCGAGAGCCGCAUCCGGGGCAGCAGAAGAGCCAACAUCACACCCAUAUGCAUCUCCUAUGAUUCCCCGGAGAAGGGUACCAUGUCCACGGAGGAUCUGUCACUGUAUGCUGGCAGCAGUCCCCAGCCUAGUCCACGUCCCUGCUCCAUCAGCCCGUGCAUGGAAAUGGGUGGUCUGCUGUCGCCAGAAGUCAGUCCAUCGCGAUUCCGUGUGAUGCCAACGGAAGAGGUGUUGGUGUCUCAGACUGCCCCAAGGCGCUCUUUCGAGGAAAUCGAUGCCAAUUCCAUGGACAGUGGGUACAGUGCAAGCUUUGGGGCAGGUGAUGGGGGCUCAGACAACAAAGGUGCCUUUGAAUUUGCCCAGCCACUGGCCAUAGCUCCAAGGCGCGUUGAGCCAUCACCCAGAAAGACACCCACCUCGUCCAGGAGUACAUCCUCUCCCCACAAUCGCACCCCAACUGCCAGCCGAGGAUACCGUGUAUUCCACAGUCUAUCCUCGGGCUCCAUGGAGUCCAUGGACGAUGACUACAUGGAGUUAUUUGACAUUGAGACUAUGGACUGCGAAUCUCAGAUGCCUAGCAAUAUCACCUCACUUAUUAGUGGUGACAUCAAGACACUCAGGUCCACGCCAGAAACAAAGAGGCCACUUGUAAGGCGUUGCCUCUCGUUGGUUGAGGCCUCAACAUCGGACAACAGUCACAGAAUGCCGCUCGAGCCGAAGACACCAGAGUGCAUGAGUCCCCUGAGGAUGUCAAUGGUGCGAAAUGCCACCAUUCGCUCAGAGGAAUCCACCAAGGCAUUCAAGCGACCUGAACCAUUAGUCGGGAGUCCCGUGCAAAGCAAACGCUACAAGAGUGAACUCAAUGUUAGCAUGGAGUUCAGUCCGCUCACUCCACUCUGUGGUAAUCACCAGGCUGACAAGGAGAAUUCACGUGACAAAGCUAAUAUUCCCAAGAGGAACCUCCUAAAGAAAUCCAUCUCCCUCAAUGAGACGGUCAUCAUGAAUGCCCUCACACGAUCAAUGACGAAUCCCGAUUUGAUUGGUGACUUCAGUAAGCCUUUCUGCUUACCACUGCUGGAGGGUGGACGUCAUAAGGAUCUCAAGUCAAUUUCUGUGCACACAAUGGCCAAAUUGGUGAAGGGAUCUUACAAUGAUUCCGUGGCAUCUUUCAAGAUCAUCGACUGUCGGUAUCCGUAUGAGUAUGAGGGGGGUCACAUAGCAGGAUCUGUGAAUCUCUACACUCAGGAGCAAAUUCUGGAGGAACUGGUGACAUCAAAGACUGAAGUGACGAAUGCAGAUGAGAACAAGAGGCAAAUCUUGGUAUUUCACUGUGAAUUCUCCUCGGAACGUGGUCCAAAAUUAUCUCGAUUUUUGCGGAGUCAUGAUCGGCAUUGCAAUGAAGAUUCCUACCCAGCGCUUCACUAUCCAGAAAUGUAUCUACUCCAUGGUGGAUACAAAGAAUUCUAUGAGACUUAUCCUGAUCUGUGUGAUCCAAAAUCGUACAGACAGAUGCUGGAUCCGGGAUUCUGUGAAGAGUACAAACACUUCAGGGCCAAAUCGAAGAGCUGGACUGGAGAUGGAAAAGUCACAAACACCAAUAGACUUAUGAAGUCAAAAUCGCGAUUGAUGCUGUAAAAUGGGGUGAAAGGGGACAGAGGUGAUUUCCCUUUUUGUUGUUGGUGAUGAUUUUUCAGCAAAUGACUUGAAACAGUGCGCUUAUUUUCAACAAAAUUUUCUGGAAAAUGCAAUUUAUCCCAGACUCGCCUGAAAAUUUUAAUGUGGCGAUCUUUCGUAGAUCAUCAAGAUUACAAAAAAAAAUAUCUUUGACGCUCUCAAGUGACAAAGUCAGGGAUAAAUACUUCGAAGUGCAAAUAUCUAUUUAGUUUAUAAAUUUAAUUUAAAAAACAACAAAAAAAAAACAAUCACUUGUACAGAAUAGAGGAUCCUUUUUCUACUUCAAUUUCACGCUGAAUUUUGGGGAGAAAAUUUCGAGGCUUUUUAUACAUUUUUUUUUUAGGGAUAUUACCACCAACUUUUUCUCUCUCAAUUAAAUAUUUUUCACAAUUUUUUUUAUUGUUGCUUUUACCAUGAGUGAGAAGAAAAAUAAACCUCAAUAUUAAUCGAAUAUCUGUGAUGAAAGAGGAUAGACAGCAUUUAGAAGAAUUUUUUUUUCUGUAAACAAAUUUGGCCGCAAAAUUUUUCAUUCACUCUUUAGGGAAUAUUUUGCAAAAAAAAGAAAUUAUUCAAAAAAUUACACAAGUAAAAAAUUGAGAAAGAGAUUAAAGAAUCAAAGAUCAUUUACAAGACUUACAACUCGAUUUUAGCAUUUUGUUUUUUCUCCCCAAAACACAAUUUAGAUUUUACGCAAAGAAAAAAAUAAUAAUCAAUUUAUAACUAAGCUUCAUAAAUUUAUUAUAUUUUUUGUUGUGAAGCAAAUUGUCUAAAAAACAAAAAAAGACACAAUUGAAAACAAUAUGGAAAAGUUAAUUUAAAAAUUUCGUUAGUGCAACAAUAGAAAUUUAUAUGUAUUUAGGAAAUGUUUAGAGAAUAUAUUCUAAAAAAAAAAGUAAUUAAUUGAUUGUGAUGUAAAAAAAGACAAGAUAAAAAAAACUGCGACUACACUAGUGCGAAAAAUGGAAAAAAAAUUCACUUUUGAAAAAAAAAAUUGGUUUACAAAAUAUUGGGAAAGUACCUGGCGCGAAAGAAUUGGAAGAAAAAAAAACUAAUUAAAAAUAAAUCAUUAUGUUUUUGUGCAGUGUGAGCGUUCCUUUAAUAUCUUAAUAUUUUUUAAAAGUCGUUUGAAGAGUUGUUUUCUUUAUAAUUCAAUUUUUAUUUGAAAAAAAUAAUUUUUCGUACUCGUGUGUAGAAGGUCAAAGAACAUCAAUCCUCCUAAAGCUUCUAAGCACCUUCAGAGAAUUCAAAGACUUCUAUUUUUUUUUCUAAAUUAAUUUUUUUUUGAAAUUGGUCUUUAAAAUUUUUCUAGUUCAAUUUUUUUUUAAAUAAAAUAACCUCUUCCAAAAUUAGAUUGAAUAAAUGUGAAUUAAGGAGAUGUAUCAAAAAGAAUAUUGCAAAUUUUUGCAGCGCUAAAAUGUUAAACACUUUGCACUGCCUGAGAAGGAUGGUAUAAAAAAAAAUUCAAAUUGUAUUCUCGUGCGCCUUCAAAAGACAAAAUAUCUAAGAAAAAAAAAAGAUUACAAAGAGUGCAUAUAAAACAUAAUAGAGAAACCCUUACUAGUUUUUAAACGCUCUGUACAGAAAAUGAUGACAAUCGUUUUUGGUAGUUAGGUGAAAUCGUAUCUGUAAGUUGUAAUAUAUACUUACAUAUAAAGAAUAAUUUUUUUUCCAAUAAAAUAUGGCUUAAAGUAUAA